ACGCUGCUAUUCCGGGGGAUGGGGAGAGGGAUGGGGCGGCGGGGAGGGGGCUCGGGGAGGGUGGAGCCCCCCCAGACACCCCACAUUCCCGCUGGGCACCCCACAUUCCCCCUGGGCACCCCACAUUCCCCCUGGAAUGGGGCAGCGCUGCCUCUGCCUUCUCCCGGCUUUCUGCGAGGGGUUUGGCACCAGGAUUUCUUCCAUGGGGGAUAACUCAGCUCCCUUCGGAGCCGGCCGAGCCUUCGCGCCCUCCGCCCAGGCCGAUCCCGGUGGUGGCACCACCGGUGGCAGAACCCCGGCUUCCCGCCCGCCCCGCCGUGCCGAAGAAGGAAAAACCCCUGGAAGAUGACAAAUCCCCCAAAGUGCUGACGAAAGGCCCCCGGGCCGAGCUCUGCGGCGCUCCCGAAGCUGUGACAUGUGAGUGUGGCAUUCCCUGGGUGACAGCUCCGGGUUCCCGGGGCUGAUGCCAGCUCAGCACCGGCGGGGCUCGUUCCAAAGCAGGGCAGAGGUGGGACCGUCUCCUCCUCGCUUUGUUCCUGCCCACAUCAAAGCUUAAAGCGAGCGUGAGUCACCUGGAGAGGCGAAAGUGAAGGGCGGUGUCCGCCCGGGAUGGCUCUCGCUGCCCCGGGAGAAGGAGCGGGGGCAGCCGGAGCUGUUUGGGGAAGGGUUGGGGUUCUCUGGGUGGGAACAGGGAUGAGCCUGGCCUGGGAAUGGAGCAUCCCCAAAACCCCCGUGGGAGAGAGGAGAAACCCCCAAAAAGGGAUUUUGUGGGCACAGCC